AUGUACGCUGCAGGAGUGGAAGGAGGGUACACGGCUGAUGUCUUGGCUCUCAUCCAGCGACAGUAUUUGAAGAGAUGGCCCGUCUUGCUGCCACAUGAGCAGGAGCAAUCUCCUGAUUUCCUUGCUGCCAUUGACGAUGACGUGCCAGAGGAGGAGUACGCGAUCCCUAGUGAGGACAAAAUGAAGGCAGAGGAAUACACAAAAGCUAUGGAGGAGCACACUGAGUAUCAGCAUGUCCUCACAUUUCAAAAGGGAAUCAAACAGUGGAUGACGUACCAGCACAUUAAGGACAAUGACAUGGACCCCAACACCCUCAGCUCCAAUAACCCUUAUCACAUCCUCAUGCAUAAACUCACUGGCAUCAUGCAGAAGAAACUGCGACUGAAGACUCCAGUGAAUGUCUGGAGACAAAACCACCAAGAUGAGGUCGAGGCCGAGCUGAGAGAGAUGGUGGUGGUGAAGGAUCUUUUCAAGAAAAUCCCUCAGGAUGAGAAGGACAAUUGUACAUCAUUGGCGAAGCAGGAACAUGUUGUUGCAUUGACAGAGUGGGAACGAGAACUGAAUGCCCCACUUUCAAUGAGCCCUGCCCACCGUCAGCGGUGCAUUCAUGGUCUUGUGCAGUUCAUGCAACCUAUGAUAGACCUUGUGUUGGAAGCCACAGGUCUUAUGGUUACUGUGCUGGCUGGUGGCCUGGAACCUGCUCAUGGGGGGACAACACCAGGGGACAUUAAGAUGAACUUCAGACACAUGGAACAUACACGAUACAAGAAAUAUAUUGUUCCAAUCUUUGGGAGUUUCCUUCAAAAGUGUUUCACUCCUGAGGAGUGUCGAUCACGCGCCUUGCCUGCUAACAAGCCCUCUGAUGAGGGCUUGGACCCUUUGGAUCCCAUAUAUCUGGAUGCUGCCGGUGUGAAUUUCGACACUCUCCCUCUCCCAACAGCAUUGAACACCCAAUCCCUCCCCGCUGCAAUGACAAAGGAACCCGUCCCUGUACCCCCUCACCCUGGUUCUCCUUUACCUGCUGCUCAAGUUUUAACAUCCCAUCCUUCUCUGCCAACCGGAUUGAACGCAUGA